AAACCUUCCAUCUCUCGGGUCUCCUCAGCAGCGUCCGCCAUCUUGGCGUGUCCGCUCUGCAAGGAGCCCCCGCGGAAACCCUUCCCCGGCACUUUUGGUUCCGGGCGAAACGUUGGCCUCUACGAAAGGACGGGCCGCAGAAGCUAUGAGAGCAUAUCUGCCCACAUGUCUGAUGAAGAGAUUUACUGAAUUGGGCUUCCUCCUGUGAAUGAUAACUGUGGACAGUAUAACUGAAAUCUCUUCCUGUCCCAUAUCUUUCCAAUUAAAUCAAAAACUUCAUUUCAUUGUUUAACGAAACUGCAAAGGCUUCCAGGAAAAUUUCUUUAUAAUCUAAAUUGUUUCAGUAGAAAUCGUUAAGGCACCUGACAACAAGAUGCUGCGUUAUUGGGGUGAGAUCCCAAUCUCUUCCAGCCAGGCCAACCGCAGCUCCUUUGACUUGCUUCAGAGGGAAUUUCGAACUGUGGAGGUCCAGGAUCCUCCUCUGCAUCAGCCUUCGGCUAACAAGCCCAGGCCCACUACGAUGCUGGACGUUCCCUCGGAGCCUUGUAGCCUCACCACUCACACUAUCCAGCUGAUCCAGCACAAUCGAAGGCUGCGUAGCCUCAUUGCCACAGCUCAGGCUCAGAACCAACAGCAAAUGGAGGGCAUAAAGAUAGAAGAAAGCGAGCCUUUGCCGAACUGCCCUGGCUCCCCACCUCCUCCUGACGACUUGCUUCCGCUCGAUAGCAAAACACCCCGGAUGCCAUUUCAGUUGAGGCACAGUGAUCCAGAAAGUGACUUUUACAGAGGCAAAGGAGAACCAGUAACGGAGUUAAGUUGGACUUCCUGCCGCCAGCUUCUCUACCAGUCCAUAGCUACCAUUUUGGCUCAUGCAGGCUUUGAAUGUGCCAACGAGAGCGUCAUAGAGACUCUGACAGACAUUGCUCAUGAGUACUGCUUGAAGUUUACGAAGCUGUUGCGUUCUGCAGUGGACCGAGAAGGCCGGCUUGGGCAAACCCCUUUCCCAGAUGUCAUGGAACAGGUCUUCCAUGAAGUGGGCAUUGGUAGUGUGCUCUCUCUACAGAGCUUCUGGCAACACCGGAUUAAAGAUUAUCACAGCCAUGUGCUACAGAUCAGUAAGCAACUCUCUGAAGAGUAUGAAAAGCUUGUGAAUCCUGAGAAGGCAGCUGAAGAUAUGAAACCUGUGAAGAUCAAGGAGGAGCCAGUCAGUGACAUCACCUUUCCCAUGAGUGAAGAGCUGGAAGGGGAUUUAGCCUCUGGGGAUCAGUCUUUGCCUGUUGGAGUGCUUGGAGCGCAGAAUGAGCGUUUCUCAGCCAACCUGGAAGCAGAGGCAUCUCCACAGACAUCAGGUGGUGAGGUGAAUACCUCCCCUCUUUGGAAUUUGGCCCCAGUGAAAAUGGAACCACAGGAGAGUGAGGAAGGCACCGUCCAUGGUCACCACGGAGUCUUGGGCAGUGAUGUGUUUGAGGAACCCAUGUCAGGCAUGAGCGAAGCAGGCAGGCCACAGAGCCCAAACGGCUCCGAAAGCAGCUAUGGUUCUCAUUCCCCAGAUAGCUUGAUGGGAUCUUCACCAGUUUUCAAUCAACGCAGCAAGAAGAAGAUGAAGAAGAUGUGAACUUGGAUCUGUGGGUGAUGACAGAAGGAAAUGAUUUUUCAAAGUACCUGGUAGAACAUAGGCUGCUGAUCAACAAGAAGAGUUAUUAUUUAGUAGAGAUGUUUUGGAUUUCCUUAUAGCUCAAAGCCUUUACUAUCAAACUGAGGUGACUUGCUGAGAAAAGGUGGUAGAACUUUAUUAAAACCAACUGUGGUGGUAAAAAAGUACAUAAAUUUCAAAAAAUGAAGUGGAAUAUAUUAGUUUUUGUAAUUCUAAUGCCAUAUGUUUAUAUUUCAAAAGAUUACGCUUCUGGUACCAUAUUUUUGUUUGCCUCUAUCAAGGGUGGGGACUACAUGUCCUUAAAGGGGCUGCUGAGCUGCAAUUUUCAUUCACUCUUGAUGAUGUAGGUGGUCCUGAAGGGAGUUGUAGUCCAGGAUCUAAAGAUACCCAUGUUCCCUAUUCUUUGACUGUAUAAUGCUACUGUUGGCAUAUAUGUCUGUUUCAACAGAAUGGCCUCCUUGCUUCUUGUACCCAUUUAGUCUGUGCUUACAGUAUUUAAAGAUAUUGAUUGUCCAUUGCUGAGAGCUAGCUUUGAAAAAUAAAACCCUGGAGGAACUCAGGAAUGAUUUACUUUUAUUUCUUUUAAUUCUGUCCCAAUUUUGUCUGCUCUUCCUGGAAACAGCUUGCUGUUGGUUUAUUAUGUUAAUGUUGAGGUUCCUUUAAACUGUUUUUUCUUCAGAAAGGAGACAUGCUACAUGUUUAAUCAUUUUCAAAGUCAGUAAUAUUUUCAUGUGUCUUUGAGUUCCAUUGUUGGAAAUAAUGUGGAACAGACAUUUUAAAAGUAUGCACACAAAUCCUCAUUUAAACAUCAUUCAGUGUGCUUGAUAAUAAGCAACCUAAUGUGAUCUGAAGCACCAUGGAGACUUUAAUAUUGCCCAUCAUGCCUCCACUUUCGUUUUAAAACCACAGCAUCAUCUUGUUUUGGAAAUGGGGCAAGAGGUCUCACCCUACUACACAUAUUUAUACAGUGUUAAAGUAAUUGUACAAACCUGUUUAUAGCUAUAAACAAUAUUGCAUAUCUGCAUAAUAUUGCAUAAUAAAUUGUUGUUGGAUACCUUUA